GACCUGAGUACAUGGCAGUCGAUUUCGGCUCGUGAACGCGCGUAGAUAAUGCCGAUACGAAACUCACGCCAGGUUUUAUUGUAAUAGUAUAAUGGGAUCAGUAUAUGUCAUAGUUCUGAUGAUAGUGGCUGUAUAUGGUGACGGAGAAGAUGCACAGGAGACUACGACAGCUGGUCUCACAGCCAACUCCAACAAUAAGAUUCCCUCGGUUGACAAUGGCCUGACUGACACUGAACUCCUAAUGUCUUUUGUGGUUUUUCGUCAUGGAGACCGAACACCGGAUCAGGAAGAAUUAGACAAGUUUCCUGCGGACAAUACCAAUGAUAACAUCUUCUUUCCUUAUGGCAAGAAAGCUUUAACAAACAAAGGCAAGCAGCGAGGCUUUCGCGUUGGUGAGUACUUGAAAAAACGCUACGUCAACAAACUUAUAUCCAAGUUGUAUUUGCCUGAUGAGAUUGUUAUUCGGACUACGGACUACGCGCGUACCAAGAUGACGGCUUUGACUGCUCUGGCUGCUAUGUAUCCACCACCGGCAGCCCAGAGGUGGAAUCCAUUUUUGAACUGGCAACCAGUACCCUACGACACGGAACCUCAUGAGGACGAUGACUUACUCUACUACUACAACUGUCCACGAUAUCUGCACCUAAGGGCAAAGGUGUACAAGUCUACGGAAGUUCAGAAGUGGUUAAAACCUUACGAGAGCUUGUUCAAAUUUUUAAGUCAGAAAACAGGAACGAAUAUAUCCACACCAGAAGACGUUUUCUAUUUAGAUAACCUAUUCCAGACUUUAGCAAAUGUAGGAGUGAAACCUCCAACUUGGGCACAAGAAGUGAUGCCAAAAAUCAAAGAAAUUACGAAGAUUGAAUAUGCUUGUCAAUUCUAUGACAGUGAAUUAAUUCGCAUGGCAACAGGAAUUCUACUGACGGACAUAUUGAACGCGACGAACGCCGCAAGAAUGGGCGACCGCGAGCAGCCCAACCUGCACUUAUAUUCUGCACACGAGAACAACGUAGCUGCACUUAUGGCGGGAAUAGGAGUCUUCAAGCCACACCAGCCCAAAUAUGGCUCAGCGAUAUUAUUGGAAUUUAGAAAGCAUUUGUUAACCGGGCAGUACGGUUUUACUGCUGUACACGCGCCGGAUGCAGGAGGUCCCGGAAUUGUACUUCCAAUCUCCGGUUGUGGGGGGCAGCCGUUUUGCGACUACGACACCUUCGUCACUUUGACGGUGGACAAUGUACUUUCCCGAAGUGAAUAUGGGGAACAGUGUGCAAUUCUCGACAGAUAAUAUUAUAUUUUGAUAAAGAAAAUGAAAUUUUGAGCUCCAAUGUUUUAGUAGUUUCAAUUUUAUCUGCAAAAUACAAUGUCGUUAUAAAUGGACAAAAUAUCUACCUACAUGUUAUUUCAAAUACAUAUUUAUAUCUUGCAUUGUUGACUGCAUGAUUCGUCAUAACGUGGUGUUGACUCUUGAGGCAGGUCUUAACAGAACGAACUCUUAUUAUAUCGAAUAAAACACCGGUCAAGUGCAAGUCCAAGUCACACACGAAGGGUUCCGUACCAUCGUACUUACAAGUAAUAAAAAUAAAAUUAAAAUGUAAUUCGCGGUUUAUGGAUUUUUCCUUUACUUGUGCAAUAAGUCAUUGCUAUCUGCCUUUCAUGAUUCUAGGUCAACGGGAGUACCCUAUAGGUUUUGAUUCCCUUAACGCCGGGGUCUUGACACAAAAGAUAGAGAAACAGACAGACAACGAAGUGAUCCUAUAAGAGUUCCUUUUUUACAUGUAACCACAAUUACAUGAAUUUUAACUCUUUAUCUAUCUACUUAAUCUUAUUUAUUGACAUUUAUUAAUUAUUGUUAUAGUAAGUAGGUGUUAUAAGUAUUUUUUUUAAUUUAUGAUUUAUUCAAUAGUUAUUUAUUGUUAGAUAACUGAUUGAAAAACCAAUAAACUGGCUGUGAAAUC